GCCGCGACUCGGCUUCACCUGCCCUGCUGCAAGAUGGCCGCUGGUAGGCGCCGCCGUGCGCGGUCAGGUGAUGCGGGGCGCAGCCACUCCUCCUGCCCACACGGCAGGCGGGGAGCGAAGCGGAGGCCGCGGCACAGACCCGGCCGGAGCGGGAGGCCCCGCAGGGAUGGAGUCUCUCCUUCCCGCCUGAGCCACCGCUUCUCCGAGGAGACGGGGACAAGGCAAGGAGGAGACAUGAAACCUCCCCUACGGAACGGCGAGGAGCGGUGAGGUUCCCACGUGAAGCUUGUCCUCUCUCGGCAGCCGUAAGCCGUCAAGCCUCCGGGGGCGGGACUCCUGCCGUUCCCGCCUAAACUCUGGGGGCACCGGGGGCUGGGGGGGCUGCGGCCGGCCCCGCUCGUCCCGUCGAGGCCCCGCAGCCAUGAAGCUGCUGCGCUUGCUGUGCCGCCACAAGACAGCCCUGGGCCUGGGCGGCCUCUCGCUCUUUGCCGUGGUCCUGCUUUACCUGGCCAAGUGCACGUCCGAGGGGCUGCGGCCCCUGCCGGCCUCUCGGGGGCUGCCGCACAGCCAGCCCGCGGCGCUGUCAGCUCGGGGUGCCAGAGGGCCGCAGCCCCCCGCAGCCCCGCCGGCCUCCCCCGAGCAAACAGCCUUCCUGGCCGUGCUGGUCACCAGCGGCCCCAAGUACAGCGAGCGUCGCAGCAUCAUCCGCAGCACAUGGCUCUCGGGGGCCGGGCGGCCGCCUCAGGAGGACGUCUGGAGCCGCUUCGUGAUCGGCACGGCGGGGCUCGGGGCGGAGGAGCUUCGCAGCCUGGAGGCAGAGCAGAGCCGGCACGGAGACCUGCUGCUGCUGCCGGAGCUGCGCGAUUCCUACGAGAACCUGACCGCCAAAGUCUUGGCCACCUACGUCUGGCUGGAUCGGCACCUGGACUUCCAGUUCGCCCUGAAGGCUGACGAUGAUACCUUCGUGCGCUUGGAUGUGCUCGUGGAAGAGCUGAGAGCCAAGGAGCCGCGUCGCCUCUACUGGGGCUUCUUCUCCGGCCGCGGCCGGGUGAAAUCGGGCGGCAAAUGGAAGGAGAGCGCCUGGGUGCUCUGUGACUACUACCUGCCCUACGCCCUGGGCGGCGGCUAUGUGAUCUCUGCCGAUCUGGUGCGCUACCUGCGCCUUAGCAGGGACUACCUGAACAUGUGGCAGAGCGAAGAUGUCUCCCUGGGGGUGUGGCUGGCCCCCAUCGACGUGAAGAGAGUGCACGACCCUCGCUUUGACACGGAGUAUAAGUCGCGAGGUUGCAACAAUAAGUACAUAGUAACUCAUAAGCAGAGCAUCGAGGACAUGCUGGAGAAGCACCAGACCCUGGCUAAAGAAGGAAAGCUCUGUAAGGAGGAGGUUAAGCUCCGGCUUUCCUACAUGUAUGACUGGGCAGUGCCUCCUUCACAGUGUUGCCAAAGGAAGGAUGGCAUCCCGUGAAAAGCCUGAGGAAGGAAAAGGCAGGAUGGUGAUGGGACUCUGUGAGCUUGGUUACUGUUCCAUGGGGAGAAUCCCAGGAACCAGGGCUUCAAAACUCCUCCCAACCCCAGAUUUUGCACGAUUCAUUAUGUCACAACGAAACCCUGCAGCUCCUGACACCUACUGAUGUGGCAUGGUGGAGAGAUGCUUUGAAGAGAGACGUGGCAGAAAAGCCUGGAAAGGCUGAUGGCAGGAUUGAAGGCAAAUAAAAGGUUGCAAAGGAGGGAUAGGACAGAAAAUUUGGGGGACGUCCCUGGAAUGAAAAGUUGCUGGAAGCUUUUUAACAGAUUCUGAGGUCUGUUGGCCAAAGCUCAGGACAGGCCUCUGCUGUCUAGAAGGUGGUGAAAUGAGCAUCUGCUCUUUGUUUCUUGGCAAGGAAGAAGCCUCGAGUGUGGCAAGGCUGGAAGAUUGUAAGGGGGCAGCAGAUCUGCUGUGGGAAGAGGUGGCUGGUUGCUGACAUGAGCUGUCAAGUGAAGGCGGGGGGAGAAAAUGUUACCUUGAAACAGUUGUGGUAAGGGAGGUAGAGAGUCUGAUGCUUGGCAGAUGCUCAAGUUGACAGGGCUGGAGUUCUUGGACCUUCUGUGUAACUUGUCUGUAAGCUGUUUGUUGUUUUGAAGACAUCAUGUACAUAAAUUCCCUGGCAGCUAUGGAGUAAGUCUCUAUUUAGAAAGGUGGAUGAGUUAUGGGGGUUGGCAGAUGGAGAAUAUAUUCUCUUGGGGUUUUUUUUUGGGGGGGUG